AUGAGCCGCGGGAAAAAGUACACCGUGUCACUCCAGCAUUCUGUUCUUUGGAUUUUGGGCUUCCAAGUCUGCCUUGGCGUUGUUAUGCUCUCGAAUACCGCUACUAUCUUCACUAUGACCCCAACUUUGUCUGUUGUUUCAAAGUCUGAUACGUUGAUGAAAUUGAAGGGCUUUGAAUGA